UAUAAAAUAUUUGAUAAUUAAAUGUAGUGUAACCUUUUCAUAACCAAUAAAAAUGUUUUAACUAUUUAAUUUUUAUUGAUUAAUCACUAAAAAUUAUCACUAUGACGAGAAAUAAACUAUUAAGCAUAGUUAAUCUUCAAUUAAUUCAUAAAAAAUUAUAUACAAGAGAUGCUGUACGUGUAAGAUUUGCUCCAAGCCCUACUGGUCAACUGCAUUUAGGAGGAUUAAGAACUGCUUUAUAUAAUUAUCUAUUUGCUCGUAAAAAUAAUGGUAGUUUCAUAUUGAGAAUUGAGGAUACAGAUCAAACAAGGUUACAAAUUGGAGCUCAAGAAAAAUUGCAUGAGAAUUUGAUAUGGACAGGAAUUAUUCCUGAUGAAGAUCCUAUCAGAGGUGGGCCAAAAGGCCCUUAUCUGCAGUCAGAACGUUUAGAUCUUUAUAAAGAACAAGUUAAAGUUCUUCUGGAUAAUGGUUCAGCCUAUUAUUGUUUUUGUUCUGACCGGAGGCUAGAGUUGUUAAAAAAAGAAGCUCUAAAAACUCGACAAAUACCAAAAUAUGACAAUCGAUGUCGUCAUCUUGAGAAAAAUGAGAUUAAACAAAAAAUGGAACAAGAAAUUCCUUAUUGCAUUAGAUUUAAAUUGUCAUCGAAUCCGGUUUCAUUCAAAGAUAUCGUUUAUAGAGACGUAUCAUUAACUCUACAAGAAGGAGAUCCUGUUAUUAUAAAAACCGAUGGAUUCCCGACUUAUCAUUUUGCUAAUGUUGUUGAUGAUCAUUUUAUGGAAAUCUCACAUGUUUUAAGAGGUGUUGAAUGGUUAUUAUCAACUCCAAAACACUUAGAACUUUAUAAUGCUUUUGGUUGGACACCACCUCAUUAUGCUCAUUUACCAUUAAUUCUUAAUACUGAUGGCUCUAAAUUGUCCAAAAGACAAGGAGAUAUCUCUGUUGAAUCUUUCAAGAAGAAUGGCAUUUUUCCAUUAGCUCUAAUAAAUUAUAUUACUCUUGCGGGAAGUGGAUUCCAGAGAGAUACAAAUGUUCUAACUUGUUAUAAUUAUGAAGAACUUAUCAAACAAUUUGAUAUAACUACUGUAAAUGAAAAUUCUUCAAAGUUAAAUCCUGACUUACUGUUGGAUUUGAACAGGCUAGAGUUAUGCAAGUUACUUGCUGAUAAAGUCAACUCAAAGUACUUAGUUGAGAAAGUACGAAAAUUAGUUACUGAAGCAUUUCCAGAACGAAUCAAAGAUGGAAGUUUGCAAUUAGAUGAAGAUCAUAUAUUAACGGUAUUAAACUGGGCACGGAAUAGGAUACAUAAUUUAAAUGAUCUAGUUACUCCUAAUUUUGCUUUUAUUUGGAUUUUAGCUCAAGAUAAAUCUGUGGCUUCUGACUCGAAUGAAUUAGAGUCACUAAAAAUGCUAUCAAAUAAACUUAUGGAAAUGAAUCCAACCGAUUUUAAUCAAAAUACUUUGAAAGAUUAUUUAAAAGAUUUUACUAAAAGUAAUGGAAUAAAAUUCUCUAAUUUUAUGAAACUACUUAGGAAAAGUCUAAGUGGACUGGAGCAAGGUCCAAGUGUAGCAGAAAUGAUGGAAAUUUUAGGAAAAAAAGAAACGCUUACUCGUCUAAAUAAAAAUGUUGAUACGUUGUGAUAGUAAGAAUAAAAUAAGGAUUAUAAUUGAAUAAAAAUUAUCCGUGUAUAAUAGGAAAUUAAAA